AUGAGUUCGAUCCUGAAUCGUCUAUUAGCCGAGGCUUUACUGUCGGUCUUACUUCUCGCAGAGGGCUCCGAGGAUGAGGACUACUCCGCCAGCCUGAGCGCCGUGCUGCGCCAGCGACGCGCCAGCGUGCGUCGCUCUCGGAAGGGCCGCGCCCGCCGCCCCUCGUCCCCCUUCCUGGCCGACGAGACCAGGCCCAGGAGGAGGUCCUCUGUCUUCACCACCAGCUCCGGCGACACGGCAAUAUCCAUGGAAGAGAGUCAGCCAGCAGUGGUGACGCAGGAGCAGAUCUUCGAAAACAUUCACCUGCACAAGGAGGUGCUGGGCUCCGUCAAGCAGCAGCCGCUCGGCAUGAGGAGGAAGCUGAAGAUUGUCCACCAGGCAAAGGCCUACAUCAAGAGGCACGAGGGCCAAUUGCAGGAAAGACUGGCACAGUCGAAGAGCACCAGAGACAUCUACGCGCGGUUUAAUAUUUUAUUGGCAACAAAAUGGCAACAAAUGAAGCGCGAGGCAGCGAACACAUCUAACCUGCUGAUACCUUGGGAGCUGCGCAUCAAGGAGAUCGAGUCGCACUUCGGCUCGGUGGUGGCCUCGUACUUCACCUUCCUACGUUGGCUGUUCUGGGUCAACCUGGUCAUCGGCUUCAUCCUGCUCGUAUUCGUUAUUGUGCCUGAAUACCUCACCGCGAACCCAAAACAAGACGGCGAGCGAAAAAUCAUUAUGGAAGAGGAGCGUAGCAACGCCACCAAUCUUCUGAUGUUGUGGGAAUUCGAGGGUGUGCUCAAGUUUUCUCCAAUAUUCUACGGGUACUACAGCAACGUGGAGCGGCCCCAGUACAGGAUGCCUCUCGCCUACUUUUUGACGGGACUCGCCGUGUACAUUUACAGCUUCGUUGCCAUAUUGAGGAAGAUGGCAGAAAACUCACGUAUGUCUAAGCUUUCUGAAAAGGAGGACGAGUGCAUAUUCUCGUGGAAGCUGUUCACCGGAUGGGACUUCAUGAUUGGGAACACAGAGACGGCUCACAACCGGAUAGCGUCCGUCAUACUGGGUUUCAAAGAGGCACUACUUGAGGAGGCUGAGAAAAAGAAGGAUUUGAGGAAUUGGCGUAUCAUAUCCUUGCGAGCGAUCGUCAACAUCUGCGUAGUGAUAUUACUCGCUGUGUCAGCGUAUGCAGUAGUCACAGUGGUGUCUCGCUCCGAUGACAACUCCAAGCCAAGAAGUUGGUGGCGUGAGAACGAGACGACAGUUGUCGUCACCGUCAUAUCAAUAACUUUUCCUGUAUUCUUCGAGCUCCUCGGCUUUUUGGAGCAUUACCACCCAAGAAAACAACUCAGACUGCAAUUAGCCAGAAUUAUGCUGUUGAACUUGCUCAAUUUAUAUUCUUUAAUUUUUGCAUUAUUCAGUAAAAUUGAAGGGAUGAGUGAUGAACUAAAUGCACUUAAGCCAGUUGUCAAUAUGACUGUUAAUACAACUGCUAACAAUACAAUGAAUAUAACUGAAGCGUGGGUUUCCAAUCUACCCACAUCGUGUUCUGAGGAAAGAAAGAAACUGCUUAAACUGUGCUGGGAAACCAUGUUUGGACAAGAAUUAGUCAAGCUCACAAUGAUGGAUUUGGUAUUCGUCUUAUUGGGUACACUUUUCAUGGAUUUCUUUAGAGCUCUUUUUGUUAGAUAUAUGAAUCGAUGUUGGUGUUGGGACUUAGAGAAAAAGUUUCCUGAAUAUGGUGAUUUCAAAAUCGCUGAAAACAUAUUGCACCUGAUCAAUAAUCAAGGCAUGGUUUGGAUGGGCAUGUUCUUUUCACCGGGUCUUGUCGUGUUGAAUGUAGUCAAGUUGAUGAUAAUGAUGUACCUUCGAUCUUGGGCUGUGAUGACGUGCAAUGUUCCACAUGAAGUAGUUUUUAGAGUUUCAAAAAGCAAUAACUUUUAUUUAGCUCUUUUGCUCACCAUGCUCUUUUUAUGUGUCUUGCCCGUUGGAUAUACUAUUGUAUGGGUACGACCUUCAUGGCAUUGCGGACCAUUUUCUGAAUAUGAGAAAAUAUACUAUAUUUUAACUAACAAUAUUUAUAAAAUUCUUCCCAAAUCACUCAAUUUUGCCUUAGAAUACAUAGCAUCUCCUGCUAUAGUCAUUCCAUUAUUGGUUCUGCUGAUACUUAUAAUUUACUACUUAACUUCUCUUACUAAUUCAUUACGAGAAGCAAAUAAUGAUUUGAAGAUACAAUUGCGUCGGGAAAGGACGGAAGAAAGACGGAAAAUGUUCCAAUUAGCAGAUACUAGAAGGCGCGUAGGCUCAUCAGCAAUGGACAACACACCAUUUGCUAGAUGGAAAAAAGCUCUCCCUACUCUACCAAUAAGCAAGUCGAUAGAUUCUGAUGAUAGAAAGACUAUAACUGCCGACGACAAUAGUGAACCGUCAAAAGCCAUUAAGAAAAGAGGCGGAAUAUUUGCGAAAAUUGUUGGCUUGGCGUUGGAUAAAAAAACGGACGUGGAAACAGUUCCUGAGGUAAACAAUGUUUCACAGUCAUCAAAUAACGUGGACGAUGAGACAGAUACAGACUUUCACGAAACUUUACCUAAGGAGGUAUUAAAAAUAAAAGAUAUAAUAUUCAAACAUGUUGAUAAUAAGAAAAAGAGUAAUGUUGAAUUCAACAUUGAUGAUAGUAAACCAAAGUUAGCGGACAAAGGACUGAAGGUUAAGAUAGAAAAAGAAGACGACCGUUCCGAGAAGAUAGCGAACAUUGAGAAGCAGAAACAAGACCUGGUACGCGUUGAUUCUUUACCAACAAGCAAAAAAACCACAGAAGAUGAAUAUAGAGGCAAACACAGGAUGGACAGGAAACAGACAUCAGAAUCUAGCACUCAAUCCAGACAAUCAGACUCCAUUGGUUCCGUUAUUCCUGUGAUAACUAUUAGUACAACAGAGAGCGACGAAGAAACGUUGCAGUCAAAGAAAAGUAAAGGAACAAUUAAAAAACCUCAUGAUAUAGAAGACUCUAAUAUAGCGAAAGCUUCAGAGACUUUGAAAAGAAUGAAGAAAAGUAGCUCGGAUCUCAAGUCUCUAAGGAGACAGAGCAGUGUCGAAAGCAUCACCGAAAAAAAACUGCCUAAAGAUAAUCACAGUGAAGGAGGUCACAAGUAUCAGUACUCAUUGUAG